AUGAAGAUCUUCUCAACCAUCCUGGAAGCCAUCAGUCAUCAUGCAACGGAGACUCCCGAUAAGGUUGUCUUUACUUGGGUCGACAAGAAGUGUUACGAACAAAACAAGAUGACAUUCCAGCAGUUGGAGGAUGCAUCCAAUGCUGUGGCAGCUCGUCUCCUCAAGCUGGGAUGCCAAAAAGGAGACCGGGUCAUGGUGGCAUAUCCCUUUGGCCUGGAGUUCUUGGCUGGAAUGUUUGGUGCCAUGAAAAUUGGAGUCAUCCCUUGUUCUAUCUAUCCGCCCAAUCCAAAUCAGCUCAAAACAGAAAUGCCCAAAUUCCGUGGCUUUGCAGAAGAUGCUGGAGCCAAGUACGCCCUCUCCACAAACAUGUUUGCUACCGGGAUGGCUACAGCUAGUAUCAUUUACAAAACAGGUGUCACGUGGAUUGGGACCGACAAAUUACCAAUUAAAAAAUGCGAUGCAAACAAGCCCAAAGACUAUGAGCUGUACAAUGGGGAACCAAACGAUAUCUGUUUCAUCCAGUACACCUCCGGCAGCACUGGUAAGCCCAAAGGCGUCAUGAUCACUCACCACAACCUGGCAGAAAAUUGCAGGGAAAUUGGUGCUUCAAUCAACUUGACUCCAACGUCAUUGACUGCGUCAUGGGUACCUCAAUAUCAUGACAUGGGCCUUGUAGGCGGUUUCAUGGCAACAUUAUAUGCUGGUGACCAGCUUGUUAUGUCUUCACCCCUCGACUUCCUAACAAAACCACUUCUUUGGGCUGAAUUGAUUGAGAAAUACCGGGCAACUCAUACCUGUGCCCCCAACUUUGCCUAUGCACUGCUCCUCAAGCGAUUGAAGCAAGCCAAUAGGAAAUACGAUUGGAGUUGUGUGAAGUAUGCAAUGUUUGGUGCUGAACCUACGCAGCAAAGUGUUGUGGAGGAAGUGGCUACAACCCUAGCUGUGAAACCUGAGAAUAUUUACAAUCUCUAUGGCCUUGCUGAGUCAGUAGUGUGGCUCACAGGAGGACCUGCAGUCCCCGACACCGAAGACCUUGUGUGCUGUGGAAAGGUAGACUCCCCAACCUUAAAGAUUCGCAUUGUCCAGGAUGGAAAAGAGGCAGAGGAGGGACAUGUUGGAACCAUCUGGGUCCAGUCACCCCGUGUUGCUGCUGGGUACUUUGGCCAGCCAGUGCUGACUAGAUCCACAUUUUCAAAUGCCCUCCCAAAUUAUGAGGGAACCUGGCUUGACACUGGUGAUUUGGGCAAGGUGGUUGAUGGGCAGCUCUAUGUCACUGGAAGGGUCAAAGAUGUCAUCAUCAUCAAUGGCAAGAAUUACUACCCAACGGAUGUGGAGCUUUCUGUUGAUGCAACAUUUGGACACAUUGUCCGUCCAGGAAGAACAACUGCCUUUCAGUACAGAGAAGACAGCAUUGGCAUUACUGCCGAGUCGAGAAAGGAUUUUGACAAGUCAGCAAACAAAGAUUUGGCUUUGCAGAUAGCAAACCAUGUUUCCCAAGCACAUGGGUUGUUUGUCUCCGAGGUUGUUGUUCUGAAACCAGGCGUGACACCAAAGACCACAUCAGGCAAGCUAAAGAGAAAUGAGGUUCGGCAAGCCACUGUUGCUGGUGAUUGGAAGACAUCUUCUGUGGUCCUAAGGCUGCAGCCAGUGGAGAACGACUCUAACAAGAAUCCGACCAAACAAUCUUGCAGCGGUGAAACAGACGAAGAAGAACCUGAAUCAUCUGAACAUGUUUAUCCCAGUGAAUGCAAUGCUGCCAUAUUGCCCAAUGAGUUUCAGAGUAUGGUAUCCACCAUCAUUGGAGCUCACUUUGAUCCUCACAAAAGUUGGGCUGAGAACGGUCUUACAUCACUCAAGAGUGCUGAGCUGACGAACAGAGUUGAGGAGGAGUUCCAUGUAGUGCUUCCAGUGAACUUUGAACAACUCUAUGGAACACCAAUGGAGCUCCAUGUUUUCCUGGCGGCAUCGGAGGGCAAGAUCUUUCCUAGACAAAACAAGUACGACCAACCUGACUCUGAUUGGAACUCAUCCAGAUCCAGGCUGAGCAAGUUACAACUUGGAGUAAUCCAAUCCCUUGGGUCAGCUCUGAUUCUUCUCUUAGUCUUGACCUCAGUUGUCCCGUCCUACUUCCUAGCAUCCUGGGUAUUGGACCAAUGUGCCUCAGCCGAAGAUGGAGAGUGCCAGAUAUUUUGGGUCCUUAUGCCCUUGGCCUUUCCUCUCUUUCUCCUAUCAUUCUCAUUGGUUGUGGUGCUAUUCAAGCUUGGUGUACUUGGGAAGUACCUACCAAGGCAAUUUGGGCUUCUAUCAUGGGAUUACAUCCGUUGGUGGUUUGUGGACAGGCUUGUGGAAGUCUGGGAGUCUAUUGUUGGAAAAUUCCUUCUAGAAACCAAGUUCAUUUGGAUCAUCUACUGGCUGCUUGGUGCUGACCUGGCUUGGUCUGCCAAGAUUGAAUCCUAUAUCCGUGAAUUUGAUCUGGUAAAGGUGGGCAGCAAUGCAGCGAUUGCACAUCCUUUGAAGUGCAGAAAGUUCUCCCGGUCAACUGAAGAGGCAAGCCCCAAGAUGACAUUCUAUCCCAUUGUUGUUGGAAAGAACUGCAAGGUCUCUGGCAUGAUUGGCCCAGGGGCCCAGAUUGGAGAUGGAAGCAAGGUGGAGAAACUCUCUGCCGUUGAAGAGGGAGCCAUAGUACCAAAUGGUGCUGUUGCCAGGGGAAGCCCAGCUUAUAAUGCUGGCCCAUUUGAGCAGCAUCUACAAUCAAACUUCUUGGCUGACUCACUGUUGAGUGUCUUCAAGAUGGUCUGGGCCAUCUCUGAGGCAUACCACUUCUUUGCACUAUCCUCCCUGGUCCAUUUUACACUCAACAGAAUCUUGCCCUCAUGGCGAUACGGUGGCGUUCUUCAUUGGUUUCUCCUGUUUCCAUUGACAUCCUUCCUUGCCCUCCUCACGAGCAUUGCCCUCAAAUGGCUUCUUAUUGCUGCUUGGGCUCUUAUCCCUUUCUUUGGGCAGUCCAAGUUGUGGCAUUUCAUCCUUUUCCUCCAUGGCCUUGACGCUGAUAUGACAUCUACCCUCAGCCACCCAUACACAGUCUUCUUCCCCUCCAAGGUAGACUUUGUGAAGAUUCGGUGUUCUUUUGUUCCCUCCAGCACUCUCGACCUCGGCACAAAAGCAGACUCCAAGAUUGAAAUCAUCAACAGCAGUAUUGGGUACAAUUCCAAUCUUCAUGCAGGAGUCAAGAUAAUGAAAUCGAUGAUCCCACCAAGGUCCAAUGUUUCUGAUAGUGUCUGCGAUUGGAAUCAUUCAGACAAGUCACGGACAGUCAGCAGUCUUACCUUGCUUCUUCCAGAAGUAGAACAGCAACUUUUGAAUAUGAUCCUUUUCUUCAGCAUUGUCCCCUCCUAUGAGAUUGGUCUUGCUGCCACAAAAAGUUCCUCCUUGACUAUUGUUGUAUUGGGUUUGGCUUUGGCUGUCGCAGUACAACUAUUUGUUUGGAUUCUCUUGACCAAAGCAGUUGAGCAGAUCUUGUUGAUUCUGCCACACUAUGCUCAGCAGGGCUUCUUUGGUAUCUACAUCAACCAUGUAAGGCAAUUUCGCGCGGGGAAUUGGCUUUGGAUGGUUCUCUAUGGCACACCCAUGUUUGCCUCCUGUGCUCGAUUCAUGGGAGCUGAGGUAUCUGGUGACCUCUGGUACUUUGGUAAUUCUCUCUAUGAGUACAGCAAACUUCAUUUCAAAGGCAGCGUCAUUGUAGACAGUUCCCAUGUUAGCGGACACUACAUUGAUCGCAAUGGGCUUGCCAUUGAUGACACCUAUGUGUCUGGUUUGUUGCAUCCAGGAUGCUAUGCCUCAGCUGGAGCAGAAGUGUUUGGCCCAGAAAAUGGCCCGUGGAAAGUAUUCCUCAGAAGUGACAGCAACAAAGAUCCUGUGGAUGUUGAGUUGGGGAGUAAUGCUAUUUCCCAGUAA